UCAGAGCGGUCACUGAUCUACAAGCACUGCUGUUUUUUUUUCCCUUUCUUUUACCGCAGCGUGCAUACACGGCAGUUGUGGAAUAAAUGAACGGGUUACCUUAAGGUAUUUUUUUUUUUAACAGUGAGUGUUUUUAUUAUUAUUAUUAUUAUUGUUAUUAAUUCUGGAGAAAUGGCAAGUCCUCCUGCAACGGGAGGACACCUGUUAUCUAAUGGGACGAGUGACGUGAAGAAGUGCGGCUACCUGCGGAAGCAGAAACAUGGACACAGGCGCUUUUUUGUGCUGCGGGAGCCCACGGAGCGCAGCCCCGCUCGGCUGGAGUAUUAUGAAAGCGAGAAGAAAUGGAGAAACAAGUCCGCCGCCAAGCGCGUCAUCACUUUGGACUCUUGUCUGUGCGUAAAUAAACGCGCCGACGCCAAACACAAGUACCUCAUCGCCCUCUACACCAAGGACGAGUAUUUUGCUGUGGCUGCAGAAAACGAGCAGGACCAGGAGAGCUGGUAUACCGUUUUGAGUGAUUUAAUUGCAGAGAGCAAAGUGUUUGACAGCCCUGCUUCCACAUCCUCAUUAGUAGGCUUUGAGGAUACAACCUAUGGACAACUUUCCCCUGCAACAGCAGCCUAUAAGGAGGUGUGGCAGGUGAACUUGAAAUCCAGAGGCUUGGGUCAGAUCAAAAACCUCACUGGAGUGUAUAGGCUGUGUUUAUCCAGCCGAAACAUCAGCUUUGUCAAGCUGAACACUGAAACAGCAGCAGUCAAUCUCCAGCUCAUGAAUAUCAGGAGAUGUGGCCACUCAGACAGCUUCUUCUUUAUAGAGGUGGGCAGAUCUGCAGUCACAGGGCCAGGGGAAUUUUGGAUGCAGGCAGAGGAUUCGGUGGUAGCUCAGAACAUCCAUGAGACCAUCUUAGAGGCGAUGAAGGCCAUGAAGGAGCUCUCUGAGUUUAGACCGAGGAGCAAAAGCCAGUCUGCCAGCACAAACCCAAUUUCUGUGCCUUCCCGGCGCAACCUCAACAACCUCCCCCCAAGUCAGACUGGCCUGGUUAGGAGAUCCAGAACAGACAGCAUGGCUGCCACAUCACCAGGGAGGAAGUUCACAUCCUGUCGCAUUAGGACAGCCAGUGAGGGAGAUGGGAGCGUGACCAGGCCUGUGUCGAUUUCUAUACCGGUUUCUGAAAGUCCCUCCAGUCCCAGUUCUGGGAAUCACCUCAUGAGGUCCCACACCCUCAGUAAUGGGCGCACCUGCAGGAUGUUGGAGUCUGCUUCCAAUCUCCAUCAUAGUCGUUCAAUGCCGGUAUCUAACUCCCCUCCUGCCGCCUCCAGCCCCAUUAGUGUGUCUCCCAGAGGAGGAGCAAGAGUCUCAACACCAGACAAAGGUAGAAGACCCUUCAGCUGCAGUGCCUCCAUAUCUGGCUCCCUCAGCGACACUGGCUUCCUUCUCUGUGAUGAUUACAGCUUAAGCCCAGGUGAACCCAAGUUUCUUACUCUGACUAGAAGUGACACUCCAGACUCCCUGUCUAGCACACCACCUUCUCGUGACUUGAGUGACCCCUGUGGCUACAUGCUAAUGGACAUGGCUAAUGGUAGCAGGUCUGGUUUUGGGAUCGACGGUCAGAUUUCUGACAAGGCAUACAGGAAGCGAACACACUCUCUCACCACACCACGGCAACAGAAAGUGGUGACCCCACUGUCCUCAGCUUCCUUGGAUGAGUACACUUUGAUGAGGUUGGCCAAUGGACAAAACUCCCAAUCUGCUUCACCCAAAGUGUGUUAUCCAGAGGAUUACGGCGACAUAGAAAUUGGUUCAUCCCGGAGCUCCAGUUGCAACCUUGGUGAUGAUGGUUAUAUGCCCAUGACACCGGGUGUAGCACCUCAGUCUGGUAAGGCAGACAACUAUGUACCCAUGAGCCCUAUGUGUGUCUCAGCACCAAAGCAAAUUGUCAACCCAAGGGUGCAUCCACAGGCAGUUUCCAAUGGCAGUUACAAGGCCAACUCUCCCUGUAGUGGCUCUCUGGAAGACAAUGGCUACAUGAGGAUGUGGUGCGGUUCCAAAUCCUCCAUGGACAGCCCUGACAGACACGGCGAGUACAUGAACAUGUCACCAGGAAACCCACCACCUCUGCAGACACCUCCUGAUUACUACUUAAGCCCGGUCACUGGGGAGCAAUCGCCAAUAAGGCCAACUUACCAGCUGGGCUCCCUCACACUGCCUGCAAAACUUCAGUCAUCCAAGAAUGAAGACAGUGGCCAGUAUGUAUUGAUGAGCCCACAGAGUUCAAGGCAGAGGGCCGGGGAGUCAGACUAUUAUUCAGUAAUGCAGCCAUCUGCAGGUCAGAUGUCCCCUCUGAGUCCCUCAGUUCCCUCCCCAGGCAGGAAUCGUCGAGCAGAGAGUCUGGCUUACAGAGGGAGGCUGGGGAGACCCAACAGGCUAUCUCUAGACACCCUGAGGACCCUGCCUAGCAUGAAUGAGCAUCCCCUUCCCUUAGAACCCCGCAGCCCUGGUGAAUACAUCAACAUUGAAUUCAGCAGCAACAGAUCCUCCCCACCAUCCGUCAUGUCAACCGAGAGUCAGUCUUCAUCUCUGGGGUCCAGCAGUGGAGGCCAGGGAAGGUCAUCCCUUUCAGACUACAUCAACCUAGAGUUGGGUUCACACUCACCCAAAGAGGCUGACACUCCUGUUGAGCGACUGGUCACUCUGCCAGAGCAUUCCUCAUGCCCCGGCUCAGAUGAGGAUGUAGUUUACCACAUAGAAAGUGAGAAAAGUCCCCGAAGCUACGACAAUGUGGUGAACAAUGACUACACUGAGAUGACAUUUGGGAUGACUAGCUCCCCCCCACAGCUUGUUCCUCAGAACUCAAGCCAGAGCUGCAGGGAGAGGAGGGUAUCCCUUGAGGACCAAGGUGUUCCUGAACGGAUCGGGGUCUUCCUGCUUGGAACAGGGACCUCCUCUACUGUGGACCCAGACUGCUCCGCAAAGGUCAUCCGGGCCAAUCCGCAGGGACGCCGCCGCCACAGCUCAGAAACCUUCUCCUCCACAGCCACCGUCACCCCGGUGUUUCCCUCCUUCGCACGCGGCGACGCCAUGAAGAGGCCCAGCUCGGUGGAGAACAUCUCAUCACGCAGCAGUGAGGGUUCUGACGAGGAGUACGGCAGUCCCGUGAACCGCCACAGCUCAACCGGCUACCCUAACGGACUCAACUAUAUCGCCUUGAACCUGCUGGACAACAGAGAUGUGGAGAAAUGUGGGGACCUGGUUGGCUUUAAACCCACCAUUAGCUGCAAAGGGGGCGUCAACAGAUUACACAACACACCUUAUGUCUGUCUGGGAUUCAAGGAGGCUGCAACCACUGCCAAAGACUGAAGGACGUGGCUCGUCCUCGGAUUUGGUGUCUUGACCUGCUGCUCGAAACAAAAACAAGCAAACAAAGAAAAAAAGACUUUGCCCUUCCGCCGGGGCUCUGUGACCCGAAAAGACUGUGUAGACCUAUUAUCAUCGCAAGCCGCCAGCUAGCACGCACCCAAGAAAAAAAAGAAAAACAGGUCACCAUCCUAUAUAUGUAGUGUAUCUGAAGGCAGUGCAGGUGUUUGUGUGUGUUGGUACUUCUCCUGCACUUUGAGAGGCCAUUUCUCCUGUGACCUAAAUAGUGGCACAAGCACAGAGGCAACGAUAGUCAGACAAUAACAAAUCUCUAAUGGUACCCAGAUACCAUUAUUUACUUGAGGGUAGCUUAACGUCAGUGUGCAAGUGUUUGUAUCUGAGACGCAGUACGAGCAACAAGUGUGUCAGUGAACCAUUCAAACAUGCUGUAGGGAUGGAAUACCAAGGUACACUGAGUAAAUACAAAUAUUUAUAUAUAAGAUAUACAUUAGACGUUUUAUUUAUUUUUGGAUGAUGAAUGUCUGAUAAGACCUACGAAAUGCCUUAAUGUGUAUACUUUCCUUAUGUUUUCUUUGAAAUAAGAGAUAGAUAUAUUAGGGUAUAUUUGUUUAGACCUACAUCUCUAUAUUGUUAUCUUGUGAAAAGCAAAGUGCAUAGUUUACCAUUAAAUAUAUAUUAUUUCUGAAAUGUACAGAACCAGUUUGGCUGCUUGAUAUCGGAUUUAUUCUAUUAAUAUUAAUAUUAAAAGUAUUUUCUUAAAUAAUUUUAUUCAUUCAAACCCAUUUUAUUUUUUUGGUCCGGAUAGAAAAAGAAAACUAUUUCUAAAUAAUAAUAAUGUUAUGCAUGUCUUUGUUACUUAGCUCAGACCCUAAAAAGAAAAAAAAAAAAACACCAGGCACUGAACCUCUCACAGUUCCUCAGUCACUUGAGCCUGAAAACCUCAAACACUCCUACCUUCAAACCAAAGGCUUGUUGUUCUGACUGACACAGGCCACCCUGCUGUGAUAUCAUUUGACUGUACAACUGUAAAGUUGAGAUGAUAAAGGAGGGGUUGAGCCAAUGCAAACUGAACAUUGCGAAAUGUUGGGGGCACAGUUGAGAACGUAUCUGUGAUUAAGACAAAGAAAAAUACAUAACUUAAAAAAUACAGUAGCAUCUGACACAAUUGUGGAGUUUCAAAAAGGAUCCUAAAUCACUGCUAUAUUCUAGAGUAAAUGAUUUUUCUAGAUGUUUUAGACGGGAUCGAUAGAAGUGAAAAAUAAAUAUUAUCACCAAACAGCGAUAACAAUGAUGACGCAUAGCUAAAAGGUGCGAGCCAUUUUACAGUCCCCAAUAUUUGGUGGUUCCUUGGUGGUUUUGUAACCCAAAAAAUUGACAAAAAAGACAUUUCCAGUAACGCUUAAUUUUGUACCCACAUCAAGGAAAACCAAUAGAUACUUUGACAAAUGAUUAUUUAAAAGUAAAUUAUGAUGGUCAGUUACUUUAAAGGGAAUUCUAAAAAGAAGUCUGGUUAACAAUUGCCGCAGGAUGUGAUAGAAAAUCGACAAAAAUCAUGAAAAAUUAACAAUAAACAUACUUUAAACUGAGGGAGUUUGGGAUAAAAAUGGCAAUAAGUGCAAAUUAAACCGAUUCUCUAAUAUUACCAAAUGUUAGCUAACGGCUGUCACAAAACCCAGGAUUUUAACGAAAUAAACUUAAGGUUUUCUUUCUUAUAACCCACAUAUUAUAAAUAAUUAAAUGUCUUUUUAUGGUACAAAAUGUAAAGGGCAACCAAUGGGUACAAAAUUAGGUAGAAAAUGGCCGAAUUAUUUGGAGCCUUCUCUGACAUUAGCAGUCGUUAGCUAAAAGCUUUCAACGCAAAUUCUGGACUGUAAUGAAAUGAGCUCAGUUUCUCGCUAAUAAACUAUUAAAUAGUUUAAUAAUAUAUCUCAAGUGAAAACUUUAAGCAUAUGGGUGAAUGCUGACAUGUAGCAUUACUGCCUCAGUACACUGCUGUAUAUCAUCGCAACUUUGCUAACAAUAGCUGAAGUUAGCUGCUAGCUGCUAGGUUGUACUAGUAACGGUGAAAACUAUGUCAUCAAACAAUGAGUGGCGUAUAAGAUGGUUGAGAUUUCAUUCAGUUACAGAAAAAACAAAACCGAUAAACGCAGAAUGUCAAAUUAAGGAUCCUCCAAAAUGGCUGCGGGGGUUUUCAAAAACACUUUAUCUUGACAUUUAUUGAGACGUCUGUCUUUAAGCAACAUCUGUGCCGACCCCAACUGGCUCCAAACCCCUUAGGUGUAGAUUGUAAAACUUUUACAUGUGUGAAUGUAUGAUUUUUGCGGGACUACCGCAGAUUUUAAAGGGUUUUGAAAGUGUUAAAUAAUAUUGGAGCUGUACCAAGCUAACUUAUGGUAUCUAUUUAUCUUUUAAAAUGUUCUUUUAACUGUAUAUAUAUAUAUAUAUAUAUUAUGUAAAUAGAGAAGAGUUUACCUAAAAAUAUUGUAUACAGAGAGUUCUUAGAUUUGACUUCGGUUGCAAUUAUAUUCGUGUGUAAAGAAUUUGGCUACAGAUUUUUAACGGGGAGGGUGUCGCUUUGGGGCUGUACAGUGUAUUUUAUGCUUUUUCUCCCUCACUCUAUUGAAUAUAUAUAAAACAACAAAAAUAAUCUUGGUUUAUUUUAUUAUAGAGAUCUAUUUGCCUUGUUGACACACUUUACCUAAUGGCAUAUAUGCAAUAGUGACAUGAAUCAAAAAUAGUUUACAACUUUGGAACCAAAUGUAACAUUGCAUUGAUCUUCUUUUCCAUUAAACGGGGGCUUUUUUGCACCUUUGUAUAUUUUGUUUUUCUGCCAAGUGUUUUUCAUUGCUGGGAAAUUUUGUUCAUGACAUGUCUGAAAGCAAUUUCCCCAUUUCUGUGUCUGAACGGAUUGUUCUUUACUUUGACUCGGUCUGAAUGUGCUGUCUUCCGUUGUACAUAGUUCGAUAUACUGUUUAUUGUGAUGCUCACGAGAUAAAUAUGAUUUAUAAAUUCUGGUAGACGAGUAUUGCUUUUGUCUGUAUUAAUUAUGAAUAGCUACCAACAUAAAUGAAAUAAAUUAUUGA